AUGAUGCCCUCCCCCCCAGCCAACAAUCGCCCUGAAGAUGAAAGAGAUAGUCGGGGAAGAGAUAGUCAUUUAGGAUUCUGUCGGUACGAUCUGGUCUCUCCGGGCUCCUGCCUUUCAUCCCCAGGCCAGGGCUACCACAAAGAAGAACAGAUUAUCAAGUUUCAAUUAGGGGAAAUUCCAGUGUCCAAGUUGAACGGAUUCUGUAGCGACGGGAAAGUCACCAUUGAAUCCUUGGAAGAAGGAAUAAUGAAACCGAAGACUGCUAAGGUCUCAUUUAAUUGGAUGAAACGUUUUGAAGAGAAGGCGAUGGGUCUACUAAAGCAAUUCAAAGUUGGACAAUGGAUAUCGGCUAAUUCAUCCUCAGGCCAAAAUAAUUGGCCAUUGUCGUCCCAUCGCCUCUUGUUGGGAUAUCUCGUCUUUUGUAGGAUAUCCUAG